CAUCCCCUUCUUCACUCUCAAAAACGCCAUUCUCUGAGCACGAUGGUCUUCAAGGUUGCUGACGUCUCUCUCGCUGCGUUUGGUCGUAAGGAGAUCGAGAUCGCCGAGCAUGAGAUGCCGGGUCUCAUGUACAUGCGCCAGAAGUACGGCGCUCAGCAGCCUUUGAAGGGUGCUCGUAUCGCUGGAUGUCUUCACAUGACCAUCCAGACUGCUGUCCUCAUCGAGACCUUGACUGCUCUCGGUGCUGAGGUCACCUGGUCGUCUUGCAACAUUUUCUCGACUCAGGAUCACGCUGCGGCCGCUAUCGCUGCUACUGGCGUUCCUGUCUUCGCCUGGAAGGGUGAGACUGAGGAAGAGUACAAUUGGUGCAUUGAGCAGACUCUCGCGGCAUUCCCCGGCGGUCAACCCCUCAACAUGAUCCUCGACGACGGUGGUGACCUCACUACCCUCGUCCACGACAAGUACCCCCAGUACCUUGCUGGUAUACGCGGUCUUUCCGAGGAGACCACCACCGGUGUUCACCACCUGUACAAGAUGUUCCGCGACGGCAAGCUCAAGGUUCCCGCCAUCAACGUCAACGACUCCGUGACGAAGUCCAAGUUCGACAACUACUACGGCUGCCGCGAGUCUCUCGUCGAUGGUAUCAAGCGCGCGACUGAUGUGAUGCUCGCCGGUAAGGUUGCUGUUGUGGCCGGGUUCGGUGACGUCGGCAAGGGUUGCGCGGAGUCGCUCCGUUCCUACGGCGCUCGCGUCCUCAUCACCGAGAUCGACCCCAUCAACGCCCUUCAGGCUGCGAUGGCCGGCUAUGAGGUCACGACCAUGGAGGAAGCCGCUCCUCGCGCGAACGUCUUCGUCACCACCACUGGUAACCGUGACAUCAUCACUGCAAAGCACUUCGAAGUCAUGCCUGAGGACGCUAUUGUUUCGAACAUUGGUCACUUCGACGUCGAGAUCGACGUUGCCUGGCUCAAGAAGAACGCGGCCCAGGUCGUCAACAUCAAGCCUCAGGUUGACCGCUACACGAUGGCCUCUGGCCGCCACAUCAUCCUUCUCGCUGAGGGCCGUCUUGUCAACCUCGGUUGUGCCACUGGUCACCCCUCCUUCGUUAUGUCUUGCUCGUUCGCGAAUCAGGUUCUUGCCCAGAUCGCUCUCUGGACGAACCCGGGCAAGUUUGAGCUCGGCGUUCACAUGCUUCCCAAGGAGCUCGAUGAGGAGGUCGCUCGCGCGCACCUGGCCCAGCUCAACGUCAAGCUUACUACGCUCACCCUCGAGCAGUCAUCCUACCUCGACAUUCCUGUCAGCGGCCCGUACAAGCCGUCGCACUACCGCUACUAAGCGGCCACCGGGAACCUGACUGGUAGUCGUCGCGGCGUAACUUAUUCAACUGCUACGCAGACGCUUACGGCCUCAACGCGCCUUCUCUCUUAUAUUGGAAAAUUACAAGGACCAGGUAGAUGGGAUCCUCAACGGCCCUUGGUUAGAGGUUAGGUCAGGCGGAGGCUUGUUGGUGCUCCUCGAGCCGUAACAGGCUCGUCUCAGCGAGCCGACCACAGCGGAGGAUGAACGCCGAGUGUGCAGCACGGUGUCGAUGCAGACGUUGGCGACGGAUGGUGGUAGUGAUGAUGCAACGGUUGGGCCUCAACGCGCCCGUCUUCACGAAUAUGUAUGUCUCGUACGAGUGGAUAUAACACAUCGGUCGAAGGAGUACUUGAUGUCUGAGUAUGAGUGUCUGGCAUCUGAUUCCCC